GCUACAAACGUAGAGAUGCAGAUCUUUGUGAAGACCCUCGCAGGCAAGACCAUCACCCUCGAGGUCGAGCCCAGUGACACCACUGAGAAUGUCAAGGCCAAAAUUCAAGCCAAGGAGGGCAUCCCACUUGACCAGCAGCGUCUGAUAUUUGCGGGCAAACAGCUGGAGGAUGGCCGCGCUCUCUCAGGCUGCAACAUCCAGAAAGAGUCCAUCCUGCACCUAGGGCUGCACCUGCAAGGUGGCAUUAUUGAGCCUUCCCUCCGCCAGCUUGCCCAGAAAUACAACUACGACAAGAUCUGCCGCAAGUGCUGUGCUCGCCUGCACCCCUGUGCUGUCAACUGCCACAAGAAGGGCAGCCAUACCAGCAACCUGCGCCCCAAGAAGAAGGUCAAAUAA